AUGGUGAGGGAUAGAAUGCAGGCCUCUCAGAGUAGGCAGAAGGCAUAUGUAGACCAUAGGAGGAAACCCUUGGAAUUCGCGGCUGAAGAUCACGUAUUCCUGAGGGUGACCCGAAUCACUGCUUUGGCAAACCUCCACCUGGUAUUCCACGUCUCGCAGUUGAGGAAGUACGUCUUUGACCCAUCUCAUGUAUUAGAAGUCGAGGAUGUACAGAUCAGCGAGGAUCUCACUAUGGAAGUACCACCAGUAACUUUGGAGGAUAGCCAACUUGAGGAACGUCGAGGAAAACCACCCCAAUGUUUAAGGGAUGCCCGAAAUCUAAUGGGCCUAAGGGCUGGCCCACAAGGUGUCCAAGGCCCCUAA